CUUUUCUGGUCAUGAACCUGUAGGUAGGCAAAACAAAAUCGUUAGAUUUUGUCGCAUCUUAAUUACGUCAUUGCAUCAACACGUUUUGCAUGCAUUCCUAUUUUUGGGCAAAUCAUGGCGAAGAAUAAACAAAAAGGCAAAAAGCAGACGAAUGUUUUCCGAGUGACAAACAAACAAGCCAAAAAGAAUAAAGCAAAACCUGUCACUUCAACUCUCAAACACAUAACUGCAGGGAAGAAAGAGAAGACGGAGAGCCUGAAUAAAAUAUUUACAGAAGUCCAAAGGGAUGUCAAUAGUUUAUCGAAAUGCACAGCUCCAAAGCCCAAACAGCCAACACAGGUUGUCUGUAAAGCACCAAAGGAACCUGCAGAUGUGGACAAUGCUGCCCAGAUGUUCUCUCAGCUGUAGUCCAGAAUGGCAACCUGAAUUGAAAACAUGAAUAAAAUACGGACAGUCCAUACUGCCUCAUGAACAUAAAAAUAGACCUUCAAUAACAUCAAAUGUAAUAUGACUGAUAUGGUAAUAUAUGUAAACAUAGUUUCAUUAAGAUGAGUGCAAUAGAUAAAAAAAAAGGGUUUCUGAGAGGUUUACAUGCUGUACAGUUGCAGUUUAUGAAUUCUUAAAUGUAUCUCCUUUCACAAGACUGUCCUGCCAAUGCUAUGUCCUGUAUUCAACAGCACCCAGUAUUGUUUAUUUUUAUUUUGGAUUUUCACAUUAUUAAAGUAUGGGUAAUAUGAAA